GUGAAUAGCCUCAUUCUCUCCGUUUUCCCUCUCAAAAAACCACAUCAUAUCCUCAUCAUCUAAUCUCUGGCUCUUCUCAUUUAUUGGACAGAGCUCAUAUAUACACACACACACACAAGAAUCAAAUCAAUCAGUAGUGUGGUGUGAUGAAUAAGCAGUUACUAUCGUGCUCGCUGAAAAGCGGAAAACAAGUGACGAUGGUCGUCGCGUCAGUCGCCACGGAUGGUGUUGAUCAGCAGGUUGAAAUCUCGUACUACGAUCAGAAAGUGAUUGGAAAUGGAUCAUUCGGAGUGGUAUUCCUUGCCAAACUCUCUACAACAAAUGAAAUGGUUGCAAUCAAGAAAGUUCUUCAGGACAAACGAUUCAAGAAUCGUGAACUACAGAUUAUGCGAAAAUUGAAUCAUCCAAAUAUCGUGAAGCUCAAAUACUUUUUCUAUUCGAGCGGCGAGAAGAAGGAUGAACUCUACUUGAAUUUGAUUCUCGAAUAUGUUCCUGAAACUGUCUACAGAGUUGCCCGGCACUAUUCGAAGCAGCGACAACAAAUUCCAAUGAUUUAUGUCAAAUUGUACAUGUAUCAGCUUCUCCGUUCAUUGGCCUACAUUCAUAGCAUUGGAAUCUGUCACCGUGACAUUAAGCCUCAGAAUUUGCUCAUUGACCCGGAAAGCGGAGUGCUUAAGCUCUGUGAUUUUGGAUCUGCCAAAUAUUUGGUUCGCAAUGAGCCAAACGUCUCGUACAUUUGCUCGCGAUAUUAUCGUGCUCCGGAGCUCAUUUUCGGCGCUACAAACUACACGAACUCGAUUGACGUUUGGUCGGCUGGAACUGUAAUGGCAGAGCUUCUUCUCGGCCAACCAAUUUUCCCUGGUGACUCUGGAGUUGAUCAACUCGUUGAAAUUAUUAAAGUUCUUGGAACACCGACUCGUGAACAAAUUCAAAGUAUGAAUCCGAACUACAAGGAAUUCAAAUUUCCACAGAUAAAGGCACAUCCAUGGAAUAAGGUAUUCCGUGUACACACGCCUGCUGAAGCGAUUGAUCUCAUUUCGAAGAUUAUCGAGUAUACGCCGACGUCUCGGCCAACACCUCAAGCGGCCUGCCAGCACGCAUUCUUUGAUGAGCUCCGAAACCCGGAUGCACGUCUUCCAUCUGGUCGACCUCUUCCAACACUUGAGAUGGACGGUCCAAUGGGAACUGGUGAAGUUUCAACGACAAGCGGUGAUGUGGCUGGCCCAUCGGCUUAAACUUCUUUUUUUUAUUUUAAUAUUGGUUCUGAAUUUUCUCUCGAAUGUUUCUUUUUUUUUCAUUUUCCGUGGGAUUUUUCUUUUCCAUUGAUUUUAUACAUCCAUCCUCUCCUCUCUCUCUGUCUCUCUCUCUCUCCAUACCUAUCAUCAUUAAGAAAAAAAUUAUUAUUUUUUCUUUUGAGCCCUCCCCCCCCCACCCCCCUCCAUCGCCCGUAUCGUCUCCAUAGCAACUGUGUUGUAGAAGCAUUUCCCCCCAACUCGAUUGUCUGCUGCUCUUCUUUUAUUUUAUUUUAUUGUCCCCUCAAGCUUUUUUGUCUCGAAAAACUUGAAUUUUUACUCUUUUUUUUUUACCCCACCUGGCUCCCCCCUGGAUUUUUCUGUGAAAAUUUGGCUAAAAAUUAGGUUUUCAAGGUUCCUGAAAUUUUGGCUGAAAAUUGGGUUUUAGGCCAAAAAUUUUGGGUUUUUUAAACCUUUGGCCUAAUUUUUGAGGCCCAAUUUUUUAGGACUUCAUCUAGGCCCAAAGGCCUGAAAAAAUCCGCGACUUCUGUACAUUUCCUCCCCCUCCGCCGCCGUUUUCUUUUGUAAUCCCGAUUUUGUGUUCCCACGCUCUCCUCUAAAGAAAUUUCUAGCCAAAAAUGAAUUGAAAACUGCUCUCUCUCUCCCCCAUAUUUUCUGUCUUUUUUUCUUUUCUUUUUUUUGCUCUGUAAGUGUCUCCCCACAACGCCAAUGUCCCUGUUUUUGUGGAAAUUUUUUAUAUAUUUUUUGGAAAUAUAGUAUUUGUCCCCCCAAUUCAUUACAUUUUAAAAAUAUUUUAUUUUUCCCCACUCUACCACCACCACCAACUGAAAUUUCACACACCAUCCAAAUUCUCUCCGUCUCUCUCUCUCUCUCUCAUUUUAUUUUCAUUUUUUUUCCUGGAAAUAAAAGUGGAUCGAUU